AUGGAGGUGACGAUGGCGGAACACGGCGAAACAUCGCCGGAACACAAGUUAGACACGGCGGCUCUUUACGACACCCUCCGGCAGAGCACGGCUUCGGUGGAGGAAGUGGUGACCAAAAUGCUUGCCAUUAAGAAAGAAGCCCAGACCAAAUCCCAACUCCGAGAACUCGUCACUCAAAUUCUCCUCAAUUUCGUUACUCUUCGCCAGGCAAACAGGUCUAUCUUGCUUGAAGAAGAUUCUGCGAAAGCAGAAACUGAACGUGCUAAAGCAUCUGUGGAGUUUGCAACCUUGCAGCUCCAGAGUUUGCUGUAUGAGAAAAAUCACCAAAUUAAAGCAAUAAAGGCUUGCAAGGACUUGAACACUAAAUAUCCUGACAUUGAACUUGUACCUCAAGAAGAGUUCUUCAGAGAUGCACCAGUAGAGAUAAAAGACUCUGUAAUAUCAAAAGACAGUGAACAAAAUUUGAUGCUUAAAAGGCUCAACUUUGAGAUAUACCAGCGUAAAGAAUUAUGCAAACACCGCAAGAAAUUAGAGCAAAGAAAGAAAGCUCUACAAGAGACUGUUGCUCACAGGAAGAAGUUCUUAUCAAGUCUACCUUCACACCUCAAAUCUCUAAAAAAAGCAUCCUUGCCAGUGCAGCAACAAUUAGGGGUUUCGCACAUGAAGAAACUAAAGCAGCAGCAAUUAGCUGAAUUGCUUCCACCUCCUCUUUAUGUAAUUUACUCUCAGUUGCUUACUUUAAAGGAAACUUUUGGAGAGAAUAUUGACCUGGAGCUUAUAGGAAAUGUGAAGGAUGCUCAAGAUAUUGCCUGCCAGCUAGCAAACAAAUGCACUGGGAUAUCAACAAACUCAGAGGAUUCUAAUUCACGCGACGUGCCUGAUGACGAAGAUGAUGGUCAAAGGAGAGUCAAGGAUUCUGAAGAAGCUCCUGAGAAUAAUAUCUUGUGCAACUUAUUCACUGAUGAUAACGGCCUUGAGCUCCCUCGACAGUCGGCAAAGCUAAUGAUCGGCGAUUUUUACUCGUUUCACGAAAGGAGAACUUCACGGCCAUACAAAUGGGCGCAGCAUUUGGCGGGCAUUGAUUUUCUGCCAGAGAAUAGGGUGCAGACAAUUGUUCAAAGAAUACGUGCUCGUAUAAAGGCUCAGCUUGUUCUUGCAUGA